GAUGCGGCCCCGCCCCCCCGCCCGCGGAACCGGAAGUGGAGCCUGGCGCCUGGGAGCGGAGGGCGCGGAGGGAGCGGCGGGAGUCAGGGCCGACCCGGGCCAGACCGAACCCCGGCGGCGACGGAAUCAUUCCCCAAUGCCUGGAAAUUCCUCGUUGGAUUGCCGUGUUUUAAGCAGAGUUUUGUGAGCAGCCUUUUAUCUCCAAGCGGAAAGAAAGAUGUGGAAAGCUUCGGCAGGCCACGCCGUGUCCAUCGCCCAGGAUGACGCGGGAGCCGACGACUGGGAGACCGACCCCGAUUUUGUGAACGAUGUGAGUGAGAAGGAGCAACGCUGGGGCGCCAAGACCGUGCAGGGCUCCGGGCACCAGGAGCACAUCAACAUACACAAGCUGAGAGAGAAUGUCUUUCAAGAACAUCAGACCCUUAAGGAGAAGGAACUUGAAACGGGACCAAAAGCCUCCCACGGCUACGGAGGGAAGUUUGGCGUGGAGCAGGACCGAAUGGACAAGUCAGCUGUUGGCCACGAAUAUCAGUCGAAACUUUCCAAGCACUGCUCACAGGUGGACUCGGUCCGUGGCUUCGGAGGCAAGUUUGGUGUCCAGAUGGACAGAGUUGACCAGUCUGCCGUAGGCUUUGAAUACCAGGGGAAGACUGAGAAGCACGCCUCCCAGAAAGACUACUCCAGUGGUUUUGGCGGCAAGUAUGGCGUGCAGGCCGACCGCGUAGACAAGAGCGCUGUGGGCUUUGACUACCAAGGCAAGACGGAGAAACACGAGUCACAGAGAGAUUACUCCAAAGGUUUCGGCGGCAAAUACGGUAUUGACAAGGACAAAGUGGACAAGAGCGCCGUCGGCUUUGAGUAUCAAGGCAAAACGGAGAAGCACGAGUCCCAGAAAGACUAUGUGAAAGGGUUUGGAGGAAAAUUUGGUGUGCAGACAGACAGACAAGACAAAUGUGCCCUUGGCUGGGAUCACCAGGAGAAAUUGCAGCUGCAUGAAUCCCAAAAAGAUUAUAAGACUGGUUUUGGAGGCAAAUUCGGUGUUCAGUCGGAGAGGCAGGACUCUGCUGCCGUGGGGUUUGAUUACAAGGAGAAGCUGGCCAAGCACGAGUCCCAGCAAGACUAUUCCAAAGGAUUCGGCGGGAAGUAUGGGGUGCAGAAGGAUCGGAUGGAUAAGAACGCGUCGACCUUUGAGGAUGUCGCCCAGGUGCCCUCUGCCUACCGGAAGACGGUACCUGUUGAAGCCGUGACCAGCAAAACAAGUAACAUCAGAGCUAACUUUGAAAACCUUGCUAAGGAGAAAGAGCAGGAGGACCGGCGGAAGGCGGAAGCGGAGAGAGCUCAGCGGAUGGCUAAGGAGCGGCAGGAGCAGGAGGAGGCCAGGAGGAAGCUGGAGGAGCAAGCCAGAGCCAAAACACAGACACCCCCUUCAUCUCCCCCACCUCAGCCGGCUGAGGAGAGGCUGCCUACGAGCCCCGUCUAUGAGGAUGCGGCUUCCUUCAAGGCAGAGAUGAGCUACAGAGGUCCUGUGAGCGGGCCAGAGCUGGAGCCCGUGUACAGCAUGGAGGCCGCUGACUACCGAGAGGCCGGCAGCCAGCAGGGCCUGGCCUACGCCGCAGAGGCUGUGUACGAGAGCGCAGAGGUCCCCGGCCGCUACCCUGCAGAGGACGGCGCCUACGACGAGUACGGGAACCACCUGGGGAUCACCGCCGUCGCCCUGUACGACUACCAGGCUGCGGGCGAUGAUGAGAUCUCGUUUGACCCCGACGACAUCAUCACCAACAUCGAGAUGAUUGACGACGGCUGGUGGCGUGGGGUGUGCAAGGGCCGGUACGGGCUCUUCCCAGCCAACUACGUGGAGCUGCGGCAGUAGGGCCGGCCCCACCACCCGGAGCUGCGCCCCGGGUCCUCACACUACAGAUCAGGCCUUCGUUGGUUCUUAGGUUUUGGGUUUUUUGUUUCUUUUUUUGUUUUUUUUGUUUUUGUUUUUUUGUUUUUUUGGUUUUUUUUUUUUCCUGGAAGGUGGGGAGGGGAAUAUACACAUUGCUUUUAUAUUUAAUACUUUUGCUGAUGCUUUUGAAAAUGUUUAUGCCACAGAAUUUGCUAAUAUAUUAUAAUCACGUUCUUUAGGAGGACUUUGGUCAUCGGUUUUAUGCAUUGAUUUUUUUUUUUUGCCAAAUUGACCAUCACACGUGGCAGCUUGAGGGAGCCCGCGUUCUCUUGAGUGCAUGUCGCCCUCGUGCCUGUCAAGUGCAGUCAGGCCUUCCCAGGACAAGCACGAGACCUCAGGUCGGCCCUGCGGCGGGCGGGGACCCCCGUCCCAGAUCAAGUGGCUGCUCUAGAGUCUCGGUGUUUGCGAGGUGGGUCUGAUGGAAAUUAGCACGGACCUAAGUCCCCCAGAGCACAGGAGCUGCCACCACGCCAGACAGGAAAUCCUGUCUGUGUCAUACCGUGAGGGCCCGCGGGAUCAGGCGACUGCUAGCAGAGACCCUGGUUUUUCUCCUGUGCCUAUCCCCUGAUGCCCAGGUCACCAGGAGGGCCGCUGGGAGCGCCUCCUGCCCCCGCCGCACAGUGUCACCGAGCCCUGGAGAUCUCCCUGCCCCACCAGUCUCUGGAUCGGGACUCACGGUGCAGUUGAGGUCUGCGUCUGCCCUGGCUUUUCAUACAGGCUGAUGCGUGACCGUCACCCAGAUGGUCUCUGGGCCACCAGGCAGCCUGUGGCGGUGCGUGUGCCAUGUCGCAGCACAGCCUCUCUGCCUUGGGAGGAAAGGCAGUACCCACUCUGCUGUGAGCCGCCAGGAACACUCCUCCCAUCAAUAGGGGUGGAGUAUUUUUGCCAAAACAUCCUGUUCAAUUAUGGUAGCAUUUGAUCAGUUGAAGGCUAGACAGUGUGAAGUGCAGAUAAGUUAGUGUUUCUCCCAAGGCCCCCCCAGCUCAGGACACUGCUGUCCUGGCAUCUGUGGGCACUCACUUUGUGGGAAACUCACCUCCUUCCUGAGUUGCCAGGAGGCUGGACCAGUCCCGUCAUGCCAUCAGGUGGGCAGUGUGUCUUUCCAGAAGGUCACGUGGAAAUGGCUCAGGGCUUGGGUUGCAGAGCGCUCGUGAAGCGCGUUUUUGCUCCUGAGGUGCAUUUCUCAUCAUCCUUGCUUUACCACGAUGAGCAGUGAGGUCGGGUUUUAUAUGCAACUUACUGUAUUGGAAUUCCUGUAGCACACCUCAUAGGUAUGAUUUUUUUAAUUAAAGAAUCCAGAAUAAACUUUUUUUGAUCCA